CUUCAACCGCUGCUCUGGUCGAAUAUGACUAGUCUAUCUAGAGAUGGACGGGCAUCACCGUGAUGUUUGAGCUCCACGGAACAGCAUGCCAGCAAUGGAAGUUUCCUCACAACAAGAUGGCCGGCCUACGAAGCGUCGACGCCUGAACCCUCCCGAAUCAGGUCCAUAUGUUCUCCGCAAGGUGUUGGACGAUAUCCCUCUCACCACUGAAGAUGGGGAGACGCAGGUGUCCAUAACCUGCGCGGAAUAUUGGAACAACAAUUUGUAUAUCGGCACCUCUGCAGCGGAAAUCCUGCAUCUAGUCUCAAUACCCUCGGGUCAAGAAGACGAUGAUGCUCCUCCAACCUUCAUCCUCGCCUCCAGACUACAGCCUAGCGGUCAUGCUGCGUCUGCAGGUUCUCCCGACGCACCUGGUGUGCAGCAAAUCCUUGUACUCCCGGGACCAUUGAAAGCCUGCGUCCUUUGCAAUGGUAUCGUAUCCUUCUAUUCUCUACCCGAAUUCAGUCCCGCGUUCCCUAACAGGGAACCGACUGGCGUGCAAUGGAUCGGUGGCAUUGAUGAGAAUGACGACAAGAACAACCCAGAAGGGCUGGUGGUGAUGAUUGCAACUGCGAAGAGGAUCCUGCUCGUCCGAAUCGGCGAUAAACUGAGACCCAUCAAGAACAGCAUUGAAUACCCACGGUGUCUGAGAUCGAGCAGAAGGGAGACCAUCGCCUGCGUCGCAGAUGACGAAAGCUAUGCUCUAGUGGAGGUCGAGCACCACCAGAAAAUACCGCUGUUUCCCAUCUCCUCCCUACCACUCGAGGACGACGAGACUCCAGACGAUGGCCGUAAAUCUCCGGUGUGUCCUCCUCCUCCGCCCGAGAUAAGCAACCAUGGACGGAGCACGAGUAUGGGAAGCCUCCUGAGCCAGCGCGACGGUAGGCGGGAUACUUCACAAGAUUCUCGACUCAAGCCGCCCAUUCCAGACUACGGCGGCCUCGACUCAACCCCAUCGCCUGCUCCGAUACCACCUAGUUCCGAUACUGGCAGAGAUGGAACUGAACAAAAAGCCCGUCCCCGUGCUUCGACAGAAGUGCUCCCAGGAAAGACAGCCGGCGGCAGCUCGCGACGAGCUCAGCCUCGGCUCAAGCCUCAUAUACUCUCACCCUUUCCAAGCGAAUUCAUGCUAACAACUGGGACUGGUAAAACGGAACCAGGCGUAGGCAUGUUUGUUAACUUGGACGGUGACGUAGUCCGGGGUACCAUUGAGUUCGAGACUUACCCGGAGGAUCUCCUUGUUGACAAUUUCUGGGUGCCCGAAAAAGACGGCCCUCCCAUCUCGGACGAGGAACACAAGAUUAUCGUUGCCCUUCUACGGCCUACUGCAAAUGCCAGUGAACGCCGACUAGAGAUCCAGAAAAUCGAAAAUGCGUCGGAGAUAAGUCAUCCACGAACUUUGGUGGUGCUUCCGUCUGGUACAGUUGAAUCUCCUCGUGCUGGCUUGCAUCAUACAUUGAGCUCCCACUCGUACUCAUUCAAGACCGCUGCUGAGCUUCUUCAGCUUGUCCCACUGUCUAUCGGUUCCCAAGGCCUAGCUUUCCAGAGCUCGAUCGGGGACAGUGACCCAAGAACCCAGUCGGCGGUUGAACAAUUAGAGCAAGAAAGGGCACUAUUCGACAGCCAGACAGUGAAUACGCCUGCAGAAGCCUCCAUUGAAUUGAUCAACAAACGUGCCGAGGAAGAGACCAAACUCGCUAGGCGGUUCGGACAAGCGUUCUCUAGGAAUGUGCUUUGGCAUGGCAAGGAUUUGUUCAUGAUAUUACAGAACCCUUUGAUUGCACAACUUGAGUAUCGACUGAUGCAGUACGUUGCUGACGAGGACCCGGCGAUUGUGAAGCCAAGCCAGGUAUUCGGAUUUCUAGCCAGUAUCCAUGGUCGUGAACCAAAGGAUGAGACCGAAUUCCUGACACUGAACUACGUCAGGCAAAAAGCCAGUCUCUUGCUGUUUCUGUAUUUGGAAACUCAACUUUCCGCGGGUUCUGGGUUGGAUGAUACAUACAGAGCUGUCGAGAACACCCUGCAUGAUGGGGGCCUUGACCCACGAAUAGUCCUACUGCUGGCGCCUCCUCUUUCGUCCGAAGUGUUGUAUGGGCCUGAAGGUAUCUGGCUUCAUCAAGGCAUGGCGGAUUUACUCAGCGAUUUCCGCACGCCAAUCUUAAACUUUGAGGAUGCACCAACCGAGUUCUGGAUGAUGAUGCGUCAUUUUCUGAUGUUGUGGCAAGAGAAAAGAGGAUAUGGCAGCAUAACAGACGAGAAGUAUGUCUUCGAUUCCGUCGAUGGCGCGCUCCUCCACGUCCUUCUCUACUUGGACCAAGCGCUCCCAGCGGACAGCCCGGCACAGAAAUCAGUCAAGGCUAAGCUCAAUAACAUCGUGGAUCACUGGAAAGGCGAUUUCGAGCGGGCAGUACUUCUGUUGGAGAGGUAUAAUAGACUUUUCGUCCUCAGCCGAUUAUACCAGAGCAAGAAGCAAGCUCGCGAUGUGCUCAACACCUGGAGGCGGAUUAUCGAAGGCGAAAAAGACGUCGACUACGAUUCAAACACGGAACAUGUACAAACGCAACUUCGACGGUAUCUGACCAUUAUCAGAGAUGUCGAGCUUGUUGAAGAAUACGCUUUGUGGCUAGCCCAGCGCAACCCUCACCUAGCCGUACAGAUUUUCACCGACGACACCGCCAGGGUCAAAUUCAACCCUCAACAAGUUGUCUCUCUACUGAAAGAGCACGCGCCUGGAGCAGUACAGCAGUACCUCGAGCACUUGGUCUUCGGAAAAGGCGUUGAUCGAUACGCGGACGAUUUGAUCGGCUACUAUCUAGAUUCCGUCCUGACUGUGCUUGAAAAGUCCGAGUCCGCUCGAGCAUCACUUGCAGAGAGCUACUCAACCUAUCGCGCACUUGAACCUCCCAAGCCGACAUAUCUCGACUUCAUCAAUCUGAAUGCUCCAGACGAGCCGUGGUGGCAGUCACGCUUACGACUUCUCCAACUACUUGGUAGCGGCGCCUAUGUUGCGUCUACUGGCACGGCGGGCAAAGACCUGACUUAUUCGGUCCCAAUGGUCUUGGAACGCAUGGCGCCUUUUUCGGAGUAUCUGGUCUCGGAGUCGAUUAUCCUCGACGCACGGCAAGGCCGGCAUAAACAAGCCCUGAAACUCCUCACACAUGGCCUAGGUGACUUCGACACGGCGAUUCGAUACUGCUACUUUGGAGGUCCAGCGCCCGCGUCUGCGCAGACCAUCGACGUCAGCGCUCUUCCGCCGCGAAAUGUGCAGGAGGAGCUGUUCAACUUCUUGUUCCACGAAUUCCUUGCCAUCGAGGACAGCGAAGACUGUCUAGAGCGCACGAGCCACUUAGUGGGCAAAUUUGCAACGUAUUUUGACCCGUUGGCCGUACUGCAAGAUGUUCCUGAUGACUGGAACGUGAAUAUGCUCUCGGACUUUCUGGUGAGGAGUUUUCGCGCUGCAACGACGGAGAGGAAUCAGGCGGUCAUAAUCAAGGCCCUGAGCGCAGCGCAGAACCUGCAGAAGCAGGCGGAGUUCAUCGAGGUAUGUGAGAAGAUUGGCGCGAGGUUUGAACGCGAACAGGGCACUGAUACCGACUUGGGAUCGGCGGUGCCGAUGGAUGUAGAAGUCGGUGGUGCAUGAGACAGACUUCAAAAGCGCAGAGCCUGAAAAACAAAGUAUACCCAUCUCCACAAUCCUAUCUCG